AUGUCAAAAAUUGCAUCUACCUUCUCGCGCCUGGUGCGCUUUGUCCCCAAGUCAAACCCCGCCAAAGUUCUGAUCGGAGAGCCCGUCGACCCCAACUUGGAUGUUGGGUUGGCUCUUUACCAGGGCAAGGAGGUUGCAGUGCGCCCGUUCUCCGGCACGUCCGUCCUGAGCCCUGGCCAAGUGACCGACGCAACAGAGACCAUCGCGCGCAUCUUGUCCCCUUUAGCGCAAAGCGAGGUUGGAACUAUUCGCUGUAUUGGCUUGAACUAUGCCUCCCACGCCAAGGAAAUGGCUCUCCCGAUCCCAGAAGUCCCGACAUUGUUCAUGAAGCCGGCCAGCUCUCUGGCUGAUCCUUGGCCUGCGCCAACAGUUCUGCCCAAGAUUACACAGCAGGAUAACACUGGCGAUUACGAGUCUGAGAUGGUUAUUAUCAUUGGCCGCGAUGCUAAGGAUGUGUCCGAGUCUGAGGCCCUCGACUACGUCCUUGGCUACACAGCUGCGAACGACGUUUCCAGCCGCACUUCCCAGACCAAUCAAAGCCAGUGGUCCUUUUCAAAGGGUUUUGAUGGUGCAUGCCCGAUUGGCCCCGUCCUGGCUUCCGCUGCCCUUGUCCCCGAUGCCAGCAAACUCCAAAUCCGUGGUCUUAAGAAUGGCAACGUGAUGCAAAACUGCCCGUUGACCGACCUUGUCUUCAACGUCCCCCAGCUGGUCAGCUUCCUCUCCCAAGGGACCACCCUUCCUGCCGGUACCAUCAUUUUGACUGGCACUCCGCCCGGUGUCGGCGCAGCUAGGAACCCGAAGGAAUUCAUCAAGACUGGCGAUGAGUUCGCCGUUGAGCUGCUGCCCCACGUUGGAACACUUAUCAACAAGAUCGAGCAUCAGUGA